CAUUACACAGGCUAAAAUGUUGUUCCAGUGCGGCAGGUGGCAGUAAUGCGCUCUUGACGACUGACGUCCUUGUGCAGUUUUGGCAAAAACAUGGCGGCGUCCUUGGUCAGACAGACAAAAUUGUUGUCGAUUGUGACCAGCCAGUUAAAUACUCCAGCAUGUUUGAGGAACAUUCACUGCACUGCAGCUUGUUUGAAGAACCGUGCAGCUCGUAUUCGAGUGAGUAAAGGAGACAGGCCCUUGACGUAUGAGCAGGUGCAUCACCCUCAUCACAUCGGCCACAGGAAGGGCUGGCUCUCACAACACACCAGUAAUCUUCAGGGUGAAGCUGGAGCGGCGGAGCGCGUGGUGGAGGACGUCUUCAUCAGGCGCUUCAUAUACGGCACAUUUCAUGGCUGUUUAGCGGAUGAGGUGGUGAUCAAACGCAGAGGCAACAUCCUGGUCAUCUGUGCGGUGAUGAUACAGAAACUCAUCCCGAGUAAAUUCUACUUUCUCAUCGGAUACACAGAGGAACUGCUUUCACAUUUCUACAAAUGUCCUGUUAAAAUCGAGAUGCAGACAGUAGAAGAAAAAGUAGUCUACAAAUAUCUCUAAGGCCACAUGUUGUGGCUUUAGAAAGUUGGUUAUUGAAGGGGAGAAACAUCUUUUUUUUUAGAUGUUUUAUAGUGUUGAAGAAGUGUAAAUUAAGGCCUUUCAAUUUAACUAAAUCAUUAGUAAAAAUAUUCACGUGAUAAGCCUUUCACUGUGUAUUUGUAAAGAUCAAAUUAUUCCUGUAUUGCUUCAUGCAUUGAGUUUCUGUUAAGUUUUUUUUUUUUCACGUAAAAAGCAGUGAAUUAUGUAUUUUGCAUUUUUAUUUGGCAUUGUGUAUUUUAAAAAUGGACCUAACAAGAUUAAAAUAACUCGCACACACUCACAUUAAUGCUCACGCACAAUUUAGUUUAAUCUGUCUAGUAACUUUAAUUCAGAACAUUACACUAAAUUUAAUUAUUAAAAUCCGUCAGAAGGAAAACUAUUUGCAUAAGGGGUUUAUAGACCUAUUUGGAGAAUAGCAAGUCAGUUACGUCACUUGCAGCUGCACACGCAUAGUGGCAAGUAUGUUUUGUUGUGCCUCUGGUGUCAGAAUCAGAAUGAAAAAAUAGUCUUCAUUUUUAUAGAAUACCAUCAUUAAAGACAACCUUUGAAGCUAAACAGAUGUUUAUGUUGAAAGUCACAGACUGGACUGAUGAAACCUGCAUUGAUUAGUCUACUAUUAAAACAUGAAUUUGAUGUAAA